AUGCCAGUAUUCUUUGGAUCGAUCAAUUCUGGGAUAAUGUUGGGCAGAAUCCAGUCGUAUGCCACCUGUUUCGUCUCUAAAACUAGCCGUUUGGCCACUAAGACCGUUUACUAUGGUAAGGUCGGCGCCGAAUUAUCCAAACAAGUCUACUUGAAAGAGGGUUUGCAACCACCAUCUGUAGCCGACUUUCAAAAAGUGUACUCGCAAUUGUACAAGAAUCUGCUACACUACUCAGUAAAGCCAAAGGAAGUUUUGGGGUUACUAAAAUCUCUCGGUAAGAAUGACGUUGUGAAGUACGGUUCCUAUGCCAUUCAAAUCGUUGGAUUCUAUUCCGUUGGUGAAAUAAUCGGCAGAAGACAUCUAGUUGGGUACAAGAACUACCAGCCAAGCCACCAUUAG